AUGACGUAUGUGGCCCUUACAUUUACCCAUGUACAAUCUAAGCAGUCAUCUGGUUUGCUUCAUUACUUAUCUGGUGGUGCAUGGGAUCCGCAUGACAUAAAUGCUGUUGCGACAACUUGUGAAUCAUCAGUUCAGUUUUGGGAUCUACGUACAAUGAAUUAUGCUGUUGCUGACAACAAUUUUAAUAUCCGCAAUGCUAACUAUGAUAUGAAGAAAAAUCAUAUACUUGUCACUGCAGAAGAUGAAUCUGGGAUACACAUAUGGGAUCUUAGAAAGCCCAAAAGUCCUGUCAAAGAGCUUCCUGGGCACACACACUGGACAUGGGCUGUAACUUGUAACCCUGAGUAUGAUGGGCUAAUUCUGAGUGCUGGCACCGACUCAACUGUAAACUUGUGGACGGCUCCUACAUCCGCUGAAGAUGAGGCAACCUCUGAAAGCAUAGCUGAAUCGCCAGCUCAACUGGCUGACCCAUUGCUUAAUUCGUACCGUGAUUAUGAAGAUGGCCUUGCUUGGAGUAAUCGCGAGCCUUGGAUAUUCGCUUCUCUAUCAUAUGAUGGCAGGGAAAGAACUACCUGCAACUCAGGAAGAUAG